GGUCGGCGCAGGCGCGGCGGGUUCGGGCGCGGGGAUGGCGCUGUCCGCGGAGGACCGGGCGCUGCUGCGCGCCCUGUGGAAAAAGCUGGGCAGCAACGUCGGCGUGUACACGACAGAGGCCCUGGAGAGGACCUUCCUGGCCUUCCCCGCCACCAAGACCUACUUCUGUCACCUGGACCUGAGCCCCGGCUCCGCGCAGGUCAGAGCGCACGGCCAGAAGGUGGCGGACGCGCUGAGCCUCGCGGUGGAGCGCCUGGACGACCUACCCCGCGCGCUGUCCGCGCUGAGCCACCUGCACGCGCGCCAGCUGCGAGUGGACCCGGCCAGCUUCCAGCUCCUCGGCCACUGCCUGCUGGUGACCCUCGCCCGGCAUUACCCCGGAGACUUCAGCCCCGCGCUGCAGGCGUCGCUGCACAAGUUCCUGAGCCACGUGGCCUCGGCGCUGGCUUCCGAGUACCAGUGAACUACGGGUGGGUGGCCGCGGGACCCCCAGGCGACCCUCCCCGUGUGAGUAAAGCCCCCGAGGCUCACUCUUCCUGCCGUGCUCUCUCUCUCUCGGGGGCAGGACGUAGUGAGGGAAAGGCGCCGUCCCUCCCCAAGGAGAGGCCGGGGGCGCGCUCCCAGUGUCCAGAUCCAGGCGCGCCCCGUCCCACCCCCGACAGGUUUGAGGUCUCCGCCAACGGGGCACUGACCUGGGUACAGGCUGACCCUCCUGGUUGGGGUGGCAGGUGGGGACCGCGGGCCGCGAGGGCGUCCUCCCCACUCGGGGCCAAGUACGUGGCCCGGGCCCACCGCGAGAACUCCGCACCUCCAGCCUCAGCGCGCGGGGCAGCCUCGGAGCACGUUAGGGAACAGCGCCCUCUCCCGGCGCCGGCCGGCACCUGCGCCGCGCGCAGCCCGUUAGCGGCGCCGCGGGACCGGGGAUGGCGGGGGCAGGUUGUGGCGAAGUCCUUUUACUGCCAGGGCCUGGGGCUGGGCCUGGGGGAGGAGGUGCGACCAACCCCAGUACCUAGUCACAUAGGAGCCGGCCCGCAGCCCCGCCUUCGCCCACACUACUAUGGAGAGGGAAGCUAGGCCUUCUUUGUUCUAUUCGCCCCGUAACCAACCGUGGUCAUUGCAGAACUUCCCAACACAACGCCUGCUGCGCCUUCCUGUGCAUCGCAGGUCCAGGAGCGGGUGCAGCACAUCCUUCUGUUCCCACGUGACACGCGGCACACUGUGUCAUGUGUAGACAAGAACAGGACACGGCUGUCAGAGCCAAGAGCACGUGUGACACAGACAUUCCACGCCCACACACGCGGCAGACGGCCCACACAGAGCCGUCACAUUUAACGCGCAUCCUGCCUAACAUAGUGAAACCCUGUCUCUACAAGACUACGAUUAGCCGGGCCUGGCGGCAUGUGCCUGUGGUCCCAGCUACUUGGGAGGCUGGGGCGGGAGAACUGCGUGAUCUUGGGAGGGAGUCUGCAGUGAGCGAAGCGUGCAGUUGCACUCCAGUCUGGGCAGCUGGUCCACUGAAACAACUCAAUCGUCAGUAUGACAGCAUCUGUCAUUGCCCUCUCCUGCAUGUGCACCACCCGUUGCGUCCUUGGCCUGUUUUCCCACUGUGGUGUUGCCCAAAGGAGCAUUUAUUCUGUGGACCUGUAGACCUGCAGUCCAUCUUACAUCAUGUUUAUUUAUUUA